AUGGCUUGCGGCCCAGCUUCUUCCGGUCUCGUCAACCGCAACGGUCCCGGCAGCGCCGCCACUUCCAUCGUCGACAGCAUCGUCAAGCCCGCCGAGGCCACGGGCGGCAAGACAAAGUGCAUCGAGUGCGAUGGGUAUGAGUGCUGCUGCAUCCCCAUCCCUUGCACCGUCAUGUAA